AUGGCGAGCACAAUUAGCGACGACGACGGGGACCUGUCGCCCAUAUCCCCCGUCCUGUCUCCCGUCUACCCGUCCUCUCCUCCUCUCCGUAAAUCCCAUCCGUCGCAACCUCAACCUCAACCCCAAUCUCAAUCUCAGUCUCGCCUUCAACAGACCCAAUCAUCCCAACGUCCCUCCUCUUCAUCUUCAUACCCUUCGAAGGUCUCCAAGCCAACAAUCACAAUCGAAGGCUCCGACGGCGACGACCAAUUGAGCGCCCUCUCCUCCAAUGACGACCUCAACGACGACGAUCCUUUCUCCGAUGAUGAAAUUCCUGGAAACCACUCCAACCUCUCCCUCCCCAUCGACCAGCAGAAGGAACUUGCCCAGGUCGAAAGCUCCUUCAGGGGUAGCACUCCUGAUCCAUUUCUCCAGCCUAACAACGGCGACGGGGAUGACGCCGAUUUGUCCAUAGUGGGCGGUAUCCGCCCCACUGAUCCAAAGCCCAAACCGAGGCUUAAUACCACGACUACGACAACGAACCGACCUCCCUCAGCUAGUUCCACUUCCAGUCAGAGACAGAAGAGCCAACAGCAGAGCCAACAGCAGAGCCAACAGCAGAGCCAACAGCAGAGCCAACAGCAGAGUCAACGGCGGCAGCGCAGCAGUAGUAAGGUCUCAGAUAUGCCUCCACCAGCUGCUGCCCCUGCCCCUGCCCCUGCCCCUGCUCGACCUUCAUCAUCAUCAUAUAAAUCCAAAGAUGAUGACUAUAGUAAACCCUCCUCGAAACCGAAGCAAAGUAGAUCAUCCAUCGCAUCUUCCACAAAAUCAACAAAAAAGGCCCUCUCGGUAGCUUCUUCGGACACACCUGAACUUCCCAGAAACAACAACGAUGAUUCCUUCUCAAACAGAUCCGUCCCUGCGUCCGACACUCUCGAGUCCUUCUCCAGCCCUAGUACGAUGGCAAAAGCCAGAGCGAUUAGCAGCCAGUACACUCCCAAACCGGCGAGGAAAUCCGGCUUAAGGAACGAAAUCUCAUCCGAAAAUCGAGAACCCGCCAGAAGGCCCCGCCUUAGGACCCAGCGGAGCCGUAGUAGUAUCAGCUCCAUCGGUAGCGAACGACUCUCGGACGUGGAAGAUCACGACAUCAAACCACCAAAGCGAGGGGAUCGUGAACGGGAACGGGAAAGAGAGCGUGAGAGGGAGAGAGACAGAGAGCCUGACUUCGACUUCGGAUUUGACGAAACUCGCAGCAGUAGGUCCACACGUCUCUCUAGCGAACGCUCCAUGCGCCGCAAUCCUUCGACCACUAGCGUCGCCAGCUCUGUCAACAUGAAUGCCGCCGUGGAAAAGGUCCUUGAAGACUUGGAUGAAGAAGGCCGUUCCGACUCUGGUGAAGACGACUCUGCUCACGAUUCCGCCCCGGAAACCCCUCGUGCCCGUCCAAACUCCGAACCGAUACCCCCAGAAACUCAGCUGAAAGCUCAAAUCCGCAACAUCAAAGUCCCCGAUACCAUCGCACGCGAUUUCCGUAAACGUGAAGCCUCGAACGAUUCGUUUUCGCCUUCUAAAAAGCCCGGUGGUGGCCGUGGCAUGACCCUCAAAGAGCAGAGUGGCACAAUCGACAAGUUGCAAAAGGAGAACUGGGAUCUAAGAAUAAAAGUAUUUCAUCUCAAUAAUCGCCUUGAUAAAACUUCGGAGGAAAGUGUCAAGACUCUGCAGAAUGAAAAUGGGAUACUAGCUGUCGAGAAUACACAAUUAAAGAGCCACGUAAAGACUUUGAAAAAGCGUAUCAAACAGCUAGAGAAGUCGGGGGAUGCGAGCAGCACUCGUAACGGUAGUGACGAUGCAGACGAGAAGGCUGAUAUCACGAAUUUGGAAACUGAGGUUAUAUACUGGAAAGAGCAGACGGAGAGGGUUGAAGUAGAAGUAGAGGAGCUACGGAACAAGAUGAAGGACAAGGAAAGCCAGUGUGAGCGACUGAGCACCAUCGUUCGCGGAAUGGCCGGUGGAGGAGAGGAAGUAGAUACACUCCGAGAUUUCCUUGAAAGUGAAAGCGCUCGCCGAAAACAGGCCGAGGAAGACAAUUCCAAUCUACGACGUGAGAUAUGGGACCUCAAGGCUGCAGCUCAAACCGGUGCUAGUGACCCGGCUCCACGAUCACGCGGUGCCACGUCCAUAACUUCGGAAAACACACUGGUCUCGCAGCUACGUAUGGAGAAUGAGGAUUUACGGCGAGAAGUCAGUGCUCAAUUAUCGAUGCUUACGUCUCGCAACAGAGAGAAGGAACGACUCUACCAAGAGAUCGAGGAGCUCAAACUCGGCCUACCGCGAGAGAACACUCAAAUUGUUCAAGUCGAAAAUUACGACCGUGCGAUGAGCCGUGUCAGUAGCAACCCGCAGCAGAACCAGAUGGGGGAUGCCGAACGUGAAGACUACGAGAAUGCCAAUGGUGCACUACGCGAUAAGAUCUCUGAGCACAAGCUUAAGAUUCAGGAUUUAGAGGUCGAGUUGGAAACCAAGCUCCGCGAGUUCGACAAGGUUAUUAUCCAGCGGCAGGAGUUUGGUGACCUCGCUGCGGAGUAUGAAGACGAGUUGGAGGUUCUCAAUGCCGACUUGCAGGUUGUCCUAGCCGAACGGAACGAACAGGCCCGCCUCCGCGAAGAACUCGAACAGGACUUUGAUAAUCUCAAAGAAGAAGCCGAAGAAGAGAUUCAGCGCUUAGAAGAGGAGAUUGAUAUCCGCGCCAACGAAAUGGAGAAGCUUGAGGAAGACCUCCGUAACAAGGACGAAAACUUUGGAGCGCUCCAGGAGGAGAUGCGGAAUUUGAGUACUGUCGUUGUGCGGAUGGAGGAUGCGCAGGCUGCCGGACAAACUAGGAUUGUAGAGCUUGAAUCGGAGUUAACAAAGAGCCAGAGGAUUAUCAAUGAUAAUGAGGUAGAGAUGACUUCGCUGGAGAAACAAAUUCAUGAUUUGACAACGAAAAACGAGAGGUUAAGUGUGCAACAAGAGAGUGCUCAAGGCGAAAUUGCGUUCCUAAGGGAAGAACAGGACAGCGAUAAAAUUAAGAUUGGGCAGCUGGAGAGUGCCAUGAAGUCGCUAGAGGAGACUUUGAAGGAUGAGAAAGAGCGUUCGAGAAGCCUGAGUGAUCGACUUUUAGAGGAAAGAAAGCUGAUGGACGAAACGAGGAACUUGAAUAAAGCUGAGAUGGAGAAGUUGGUCAGCGAUAAGAAUCAAGAGAUCCUUAACAUGAAGGAAGCCGCCAGGCAGCUUAAGAAGAGCCUGGCUCGUCGCGAAGCUGAAGUUAGGGAUUGGAAAGAGAAGCUUAGUCAACUAGAAGACUCUAUUCGAGAAGCAGUUGGUGAUCUCGCUGCUAACAAAGUUGACGUCCUUAAGGCCGUUGUUGCUCUACACCAAGAACUUGAGAAGCGGAUGGAAGAAAUUGGGCGGAUUAAAGCCGAUCUUGCAGACAAAGACCGAACUCUCAAGGAUCGCGAAGCUCUCAUGGAGAAUACGGCCCUUGAAGUCCGUAGACUCAUGGAUCUCCUUGAGAAAGAACGGCAAGGUCGUAAAUCCGAUAAGGCUGUCGCCGACGACCUCCAAGCCAACCAUGAGAAGUCCCGACGGCUCGUCGACCAGCACCGGACGCAGCUUGCAGACCUGGAGAAAUCUCGCACCAAGGACUCGCGUGCCCUGUCGCAGCUUGAAUUGCAGUACAAGGAACAGCUCGCCGAAAGGAACUCACUUCUUGUCCAGUUAUGGAUACGCCUUUCCGCUAUCUGUGGAGCCGAGUGGGCUGACAGAAAUAAGUUGGUGGGCAAGGGAGGUGCUGUUUUAUCUGCUGAUGCUAGUGUCAACACUCAUAUUUCCGGAUUCUCAAAGUCGAUUCUUGCGGCUGCGAAGAAUUUGGAGACCGUAUUAACGGGAUUCAAAACUAGAAUACGCAAUAUUGAACGGGAUCUAUGGAAGGAAUAUGCUGUUGUAGAAAAUACGCUAGAAACUCGGACUCGCAGACUAGAACGGCUGGAAGCUAUGGUUCGAGAUGGAGUCGGCGAACAAUCAUCAAUGCGGAAUGAAAUCACCAAGCUGAAAACUGAAAACCGGCUGCUGAAGGCGGAACUUAACGUGGUCCGAUUACAGCCAUCCAAGCUACCGGUACGAAGUGGUAUUAGCACUGUUGCCUCGCGGGAUAGUUUAUCUGCGGCGGACAACUCUGUGGUACACCGGGGCUCGCCGGAUCCACCCGGGGACACUAGUCUUGCCCUGAGCAAUACAAUAGCUUCGCUCGACGACGUUACAGACGAGAACGAGAGACGGUGGAUACUACGACUCCGAGAGUUAGAGAAGCGACUUAAAGCCGAACGGGAGGCUCGACUACUCGACCGAACAGGGGCAAAAGCACGACUUGAAGAAGCAAGGAGUGAAAGAGAAGCCCUGAAGAAAGAGUUGGAACGAGAACGAACGAUUUCUCGACUCGACAGACAUGAUGAUGAUCCAGACGAUAGGACUACUAAGCGAAUGUCGAUGAUUCCGAAACCGAAGGCUAGUGGAAGUGGGACAAAGAGUUCAUCGAGGGAUAUGGGCGAUGAUUUAGGCGGGAAUGGGCUAUUAGCACCGCCGGAUGACGAAGAUGUACGUUCGUUGAUCGUGCGCGUUGAACGUGAGCGUCGAGGGGAGCAUAGAGCUAAGAGCCGCGAUCGACAUAAAAGCCGCGAAAGGCGAAGCAACAGGGAUACGCCCGACGAGCUGUCGCCGUCGUCCUCGGGGCAGCAUCGAGAUCGAAGUCGAAACCGUGAUGUGGGCGCGUCUAGGUCCGAUUCUAGAGUUAGAGAUCGCGGAGAUAGAGAACGUUUAAAAGAGAGGAGCGUGAGUGAGCGGACGAGUUCAAAUAGGAGUUCCAUGAAGCGGCCUGGUGACACUACUUCGCAAAAUAAGAUGGUUACUAUUAUUUCGAGUAUUGAUGAGCUGAAUGCUCGGAUGGAGAGGGGGAAGAGUCCGGCGACGUCGAAAAAGGAGAACGCACUGUCGCCGCGGAAGUUUCUGGGAGGGUUUUUCGGGGGGAAGAAGGAUGAGUAG